CCAUCUGCUGGGGAUUUGAAUUGAAAAUGGCGAGUCAACAAAGCGAGGAUUUUUCCCCCCACGGAAAUAAAGGGAUAAAAAAACCUUGUCGAGCAUGUUCAGAUUUUAAAACAUGGACUACCAAUUUAAACCAAAAUGCCAAUGUUCAGGAGAAAAUGAAUAGUCAGAUUCCUCAAUCUACUGCUGCUGAAACAAAGUCAAGUUUUCUGACAAAGUCUUCACACACAGUAGAGAAAACAUUUCCAGAAUGCCCCUUGGAUCGUCAACAAUUGGGCAGAAACUCUUGGAGUGUUCUCCACACAAUAGCUGCAUAUUAUCCUGAAACACCUACUGUUGAUCAACAGAAGGACAUGGUUCAAUUCAUGGCACUGUUUACAAAAUUCUAUCCAUGCACUGAUUGUUCUGAAGAUUUCAAAGAGCGAUUGAUUGCAAACCCACCUGCAACACAGAACAAUUUUAUACUAUCUCAGUGGCUAUGUGCCAUGCACAAUGAAGUUAAUGUUAAGCUAGGGAAACCAGAAUUUGAUUGUAAUUUAGUUAACCAGAGAUGGCGAAAUGGAUGGAAGGAUGGAUCAUGUGAUUAGCUUGUACAAUGUAUUCUCUAUCAUUCAAAAGUGUUCCUCUAUGAUACAACAAUACACUAAAUUAAUAUUUUGGA